CCCUUUCUCCAUAAUACUGUGGGUCGGGAUUAUUUCUUCUUCCCCUCAUCUUUCUCUCUCACUCUGAACUUGCACGGCGACGGCGCAUCUUUUCGCCGGCAAUCGGCAACUGACGAACAUCCAACGUCAGUACAACGAUUCCUCAUACCCGAUCUCAAUCCAGGUUCUGCCGCAAGCGGAUAGAGUUUUGAACUCUUGUUUCGUCUGAAGGAGUUAGUUACCUGAGAGCUAAACUCACGGAAAAAUGGGGAUCAUAGAAAGGAUUAAAGAAAUUGAAGCCGAGAUGGCUCGGACCCAGAAAAAUAAAGCCACAGAGUAUCAUCUUGGUCAGCUCAAGGCAAAGAUAGCAAAACUGAGGACACAAUUAUUGGAGCCUCCAAAAGGUUCGAGUGGAGCUGGAGAGGGCUUUGAAGUUACAAAAUUUGGACAUGGACGUGUUGCCCUAAUAGGAUUCCCAAGUGUGGGGAAGUCGACUCUUUUAACGCUCUUGACGGGAACACAUUCAGAAGCUGCAUCAUAUGAGUUCACAACACUUACUUGCAUUCCAGGGAUUAUUCACUAUAAUGAUACUAAAAUUCAACUGCUCGAUCUUCCUGGAAUUAUUGAAGGUGCUUCGGAAGGGAAGGGACGUGGUAGGCAGGUUAUUGCUGUUUCCAAAUCAUCUGACAUUGUGUUGAUGGUUCUUGAUGCCUCAAAAAGCGAGGGACAUCGGCAAAUAUUGACCAAGGAGCUGGAAGCUGUAGGCCUGCGUUUGAAUAAGAGACCGCCCCAAAUAUAUUUCAAGAAGAAGAAAACGGGGGGUAUUUCUUUCAACAGCACGGCACCGUUGACUCAUGUUGAUGAGAAGCUUUGCUAUCAAAUUCUACAUGAAUACAAGAUUCACAAUGCAGAGGUGUUAUUUCGUGAAGAUGCUACAGUGGAUGACCUUAUAGAUGUUAUUGAGGGGAAUCGUAAAUACAUGAAGUGUAUAUAUGUCUACAACAAGAUUGAUGUUAUUGGUAUUGAUGAUGUGGACAAAUUAGCACGACAACCAAAUUCUGUUGUCAUUAGCUGCAAUUUGAAGCUGAAUUUAGACAGAGUGCUUGCAAGGAUGUGGGAGGAGAUGGGGCUUGUUAGAGUUUAUACAAAACCACAGGGCCAGCAACCUGAUUUCACUGAUCCUGUCGUUCUUUCUGCUGAUAGAGGUGGCUGCACAGUUGAAGACUUCUGUAACCACAUACACAGAAGCCUGGUGAAGGAUGUGAAAUAUGUGCUAGUGUGGGGCAUAAGUGCAAGACACUACCCGCAACAUUGUGGCCUCAGCCAUGUGCUUCAGGAUGAGGAUGUGGUUCAGAUUGUUAAGAAGAAGGAGAAGGACGAUGGAGGAGGAAGAGGUCGGUUCAAAUCACAUUCAAAUGCCCCUGCUCGAAUAUCUGACAGAGAAAAGAAGGCUCCCUUGAAGACAUAACUACAUGGGAGCUUGCAAUUUUGUGCGGUGUUCUUGUAUCAAGGAUGGUGGCAGAGAUUGACAAGUUUUAGUACCUAAAGAUGAUUGUGAAAGUCUAUAUCUGUCACCAUAUGAACUAGUUGUCAUGCUAGAGAUUUGUUAACAUUCUUCUAUGGAGCCUACUCAUAAAAGUAGAAACGUUUUAGCCUCUGGGUUGUAUUUUGAGUUGUUAGUCGUAGUUGGAGUCAAAUGUGAGGUAAUAGGGCAGCUUUCUUACUUUGAGAAAAUAAAUAUGUUAUAGCAUUUAAGUUCAUCUAUGAAACACACAGCUUGAGUAUGACA